GGAAAUGCUACUGCUUACGGAAAAGGCUUUUGGGCCAAGGAACCAGCUGCAUUCUCGAAGUUCUAUACCUAGUAGUUGGUUAUAGCACUACACUUAUGCCCACCACGAGGAUCCAAGCAGCCCGGGGAUGCCGACUAGGUAGGUAGUGGGCUGGAUCCAGGCAUCGCGAGCUGGCUCGAGUCGGUAACUAGGGGCAUAUGUAGAUGUACUCUACAUAGGAGGUGGCUACGGCUAGUAAAUACUCUACUCUGCGUACAUAGGCACUCUACACUAGUCGCAAAGCCGCUUUUCUUCACAGGGGGGAUGGAGGAGGGGGGAUCAGGUAUAUGAAGUCGCUUAUGCCCUGUGGGCCAUGCGAGGCACCAGAGUGAUGUCUUUCCAUUCGAGCGAUCCCUUCAAUGUCGUCGAACAUCAGCUUGUACGACGGGCUUAUACCGCCAGCCAAGGCGGCAGCCAUGGGCCUCCCGGACGAUAACAGAGGACCGUUGCUGGCGACCACCACCAUCGCCCUGUCGGCGCUGGCCUUGUUAAUCGUGAGCACUCGAGUAUACGGCAGGGCCUUUAUCAUGAGGAUCCUUGGCCGCGACGACUACUGCAUCGUCAUCGCUACGAUGAUAGCGAUAACGAUUACGGGACUGAUGGCUGCCAGUGUGCCGUUCGGUUUGGGUAACCAUAUAUGGCUCGUCGGCUACAAAAACAUGAGGAUAAUCUUGAAGUACAGUUACAUCAUCCACAUACUUUACAUUCUGGGGCUCGGCUUCGCGAGAGCAUCCCUCGUCCUCCAGCUCAUCCGACUGGCGCCGUCGUACCGCAUGUGCACGGUCUUCUGGGUGAUAUUCGGCUUCACGGCGACUUGUACGACUCUGUUCGUUUUCCUGCAUACGUUCCUCUGCGGAAUUCACCCCCAAAUGUUCUGGAUGAAUACGGGUGGCUCCAAUGGGUGCCUCGAUUACUUCACAUUGCAGAGUUCAUACGGCGUGGUCAACAUCCUCAUGGACUUCGUGGUGUGGCUGGCGCCGCUCAAGAUCAUCUGGCAGGUGCGCUUGCCUUGGGGGCAGAAAUACGGUCUUGCCGUCGUUUUCGCCUUGGGCGCUCUGGUGUGGAUCGCUGCCAUUGUGCGCCUUAUUUACGCCCUUCGCAUUGGGACUGCCAUCGGGAAAGACCGUCCCAUCGACCCAUCGUACAACGUAUCCGAUACAGCGCUUUGGAUGACGAUCGAAAUCCACGUCGGCAUUAUGUGCAGCAGCAUUCCGACGCUGCGCCCAGCGAUACGUAAAGUGAUGCCCAGGCUCCUCGGCAGCUCUAUCGCCAGCAGCUCGCAGGGCACCGGCGGGCGGCAGCCGCCACACCUCCCGUCCAUCAACACGUACCACUCGCGCUCGGGCGCUAACUUCUCGCGCACUGGCGGCGGCGGCGCGCCCGGCAUCCCGCUGGAAAGUAUGUUCUCGAAAUCCGAUGACUGUUCCUCCUCGACCGAGCGGUUCGCGGGCGUGUCGGCCCCCAUGACCACGGAUAUUGAGGGGAACUACGAUGAUGGCUCCGCUGUCGACGCCAGAGGUGACCUUGACGGGCUGGCGGGAAUCGUCAAACGGACGGAAGUGAGGAUUUCGGAAGCGUAGCCGCUGCCGCCGCCGCUGCAGCCGCCGCCGCCGCCGGUUGCGCUCGUGUAGAUACUUUG